ACACACACACACACACACACACACACACACACAGCAGCAGCAGCAAUGGCAGCCGGGCAGUGAGACACAUGUCAAAACAGUCUGGGAGCCGAAAAACACUGACGUUGGGGCCGAGGAGACACUAAUUAGCAAAAAUGUCUCGGCAUAGAAAUGUUCGAGGUUACAACUACGACGAAGGUACCUCAUUGUCACUUUUGAACCGUUGUUACCGGGUUUAACGUGAGGGCCCGCUAAACACGCUAGCCGCUAAGCUAACAACCUGUGUUUUUGAACUAGCUAACGAUAGCAUUUAUCUCUGCCAAGAUAAGACUGAUGUCGUGUCACUUUGCACCUGGCACAGGAUCAGUUUCAAUGCAGUACAAAUAGAUUUUUAUGAACCAAAACUUUUAAGGCCAGAGUGAUGAUUACGAUAAUGCUUGUUUUGUUUCAGCAACUUGCUAAUGUUUAUGUUUACUCUGGUAACCCCAGCUACUUGGCUAGCCGGUUAAAACACCACACCAUAUGAUAUGUUUUAUCUUAUAUCAAGUAUAAGACAUGCUAAAGCGACAAGUCCUUUACAUAUUGAUUUAUUCAGCAUAUUAAUUUGCUAUUUUUACGACAGAGCUCCAAUGUCAUGCUUACAGUGUAAUUGCUGACAUGGCAAACUGAUACUUGUAACAAAGGAGUGUUUCCCUUUGCUAAACAUGCAUUUGUAACGCGUUUUUGUUACAAGGGAACUAAGGAAACUAAGAUAUAAACUGCUCUUUUAAAUCUUUUUUUUUUCCAGAUUUUGACGAUGAUGACAUGUAUGGCCAGUCUGUGGAGGAUGACUGCUGUAUAUCACCAGCAACAGGUUGGUAUCAGUAAAGGCAAAAUCAGCAUUAUUCAUCUGCUAGAAGUCACUUUCAUUCAUUUGUUUGUUUUUAAUUCAACUCUUCUUUUAAGUAAUUGCUGGAUAAUAUAAGGAUGUGAUUGAAUGGAACUUCUGUAAGUUUAUCAGCUGGUCAUUGAAGGUGUUUUUGGUGACCACAGCAAAUCAGUUCAUCUACUCACGUCAAGAGAGACAUGCACCAAAAGAAGAACCUCUGGAGGAGGAAGAAUAUGAGGAUGAGGAUAUCCCCAUGUCCCCAACCAUCAGCCACAACCUCGACCCCCUCGAUCAAGGUAAUCCAACAAAUGUACAUGUCAUAGAAUAGGUAAUAAAUUGAGAUCCUUUCCCUUUCAUUGGAGUAGUACUUGAAAACAUGCUGAAAAUAAACAACAAAAUACUUGAAAUGUGCACAUUUUCUGUCUUUUAUAGAUCUUGGUUAUACUUCUAAUUAUCUUCCUUAUCACACCAGAGUUAUCACAAUGCUAAGUCCAUGUAAUACUCAUAAUAAUACUCAUCAAUAUUCAUAUCACAACAUCUUAGAAUGAACUCCUUAACACCCAAAACUGGUUAGUUUUGCUAUUGUGGAUGUCCAACCGGCAUAUGGUGCUGGUAAAGGUUUGUAGAAUUAAUAUUCAAAAUCAACAGGAGUUUUCUUAUGAUUUUCCCUAAAUAUAAUAUUCUCUCUGAAUUAUCGUUAAUAAUGCAUAAGAGAUAAAUUGUGGUGGGCUCAUAUUUAGAGAGUGUGCUCUGUCUGUAUUUUGUGUUGUUCUUGUUUAGAACAUGAUAACAUUAGAAUAUUGUCAGUGUGCAGUGGAGUUAAAACGUAAUGCCAAAAGUCAGCAGGUUGGAAACAAAGGUAUUAGGUGUGAUCUCUGUCCCUGACCCUUCUUUCUGUCUGUGUUGGUCAUAAAAAGCAAAUGUACCUCCUUAUAAGAAGCACAUGAUAUUGAUAAGUGUAAGUAUAAAUCAUGUUGAAACAUGUGUUCUCUGUAGCCAAGCUAUACUCCUGUCUGGACCAUAUGCGCACCGUACUGGGAGACGCUGUGCCAGACUCAGUCUUGACCCAGGCAGCCAUAAGAUGUGGAUUUGACCCACAAAGGGCACUGGAUGCAGUCUUGUCUGAAGACACGAAGACAGCCCCAGUCACCAGGAGUACGGGUGAAGAUGUGACUUCAGUACCAAGAGUGAUCCAGGAGAAAGCGCCGCUUCCACAGAGGGUCAAAAAAGAGGCGGUUGCUGAAAAAGGUACGCUGGAGCAGGUCAAAUGUGGAUAUACACAAUUUAUCCACAUUUUCAUUUGUGUUUUUUCUUGUCCUUUGGCUGUUGAUGGAGUUGUUUUCACUUGAAAGAAUAAAACUCACCUGGUUUUUAUAUGGUUUUACAUAGACAAAUACAACGGUCAAAGAUGACAUGAAGCUCUGUAUGUAUUUACUUCAAACAGCUUUAUUAAUGUCUUUAGGGGCAAUUUGCAUGGAGCAGCUUGUAAAAACUGCAAACAACUGUCACACUGAUAUAUAGGCAAUAAAUUGUACAAACCUAAAUAUGAAGUAAAAAAAAGUGAACACUGGCAUUAAAUAGACUGUCAUAGAAGUUGACCUCUAAAGAACCUUAAAAGGAUCAGUGCAGUGAAGUAUAAAUGGAUCAGUCUGAGAAAAAGAUAGAAAGUGCUUAAAAUAUAUAAUAUCUCAAAGCAACAUAAAGGCCAUUGAAUAAUCUAAUGGGUAAUUACAAGACCAAGAAUCUGCAUUUUAGCAUUUUGUUUUAUGCUAACUCAUAUUCUUCCUGUAAAAGAGUGAAAAUAGUGACAGUAUUUUAAAGGACAUUGUGUGAACUGCUCUGUAUUCCUGGUGAUUGAUCAUUGAAAAUGAUUGUAAUGAAGUUGUGGUUGCUGGUAAGAAACAGACUUCUCCUAUAACAGAGCCAACAUCAAAUGCAUUUCCUCCCUAAAUCAUAGAUCUUCCACAGCAACACAGUGAUUCUUACUGACAGUGUUUUAUAUAGAGGUGUUCACAUUGUAUAACGCUUUCAAUAUCAACAUGAGGUGCAGGCUCACGAAAUUAAUCUCUGUUGACAUAUGGGUUUAUGGGGCGAGGCUCAAACGAAUUAAGGUGGAAUUGCUGCAGCAAAACUCUGAAUUGAAACACCUUUAGCCAGAUGGUUUACAUUGAAACAUGCUUGAAAUAUCAAACACCACCCUGAUGAGCUGAGUGCAGUAAAAAGCACAUGUUGUGUACCCCUGAUUAAAAAGUUGUGUUUGAGUGCAUUUUAAACUCUCUAGAUAUUUGAUGAAUUGUUAUCAUCCUAAGUUUCUUAAGUUUGGACUGCUGGAUUUAAGCUUUGUGUGAGAAUAAGUCCUGUAUUUUUUUUGAAUCAGUUGAUAGUAGAGAGUGGUGUAUUGAUUGCACAUAAUACUUUGUAAGGCUGUGGUUGUUUGAACAGCUGUAGUUAAAGGGAUAUUCCAGUGUACAUUUAAGUUAUGGUCAAACACACUGUAACACCAAGUUAGACACCCCCUCUAGAGAUGAAUGUUGCCGACUGCUUGCUUCUCUAGUUAUACCAACUUAAGCAACGACCACAUGAUAGAAAUAAACAGCGUUCUACCUCUCCACUCGUAAACCCCAAACAAAGAGCCACUCUAUAACCACAAAUAAUGCACAGAACAGCACCUAAACUUCAUCAACAGUACAUAUAGGGUCCCAGCCACAGCACUAGCCAUCAAACAUCUUCUUAGCUUUGCCUAAUUUCUUUAGCAAAGAGACUAAACACAACUCACCCACUCUCCUCCAGCAGCCGCUUGUUUGUGGGGGGGAGCCCUCACGAGUCGAUCAGCGAGAGCAGCGGAAAAUUUAUGAUUAAUAAUUCAUAGAAAUGCAAAUGUACUGUUGAUGAAGUUAGGUGCUGUUCUGAGCAUUAUUUGUGGCUAUAGAGGGGCUUUUUGGUUGAGGUUUGCACGUGGAGACGCAGACCGCUGUGUGUGGUUUUUACUGAAGUUAGUAUAACUAAGGAGGCAAGCAUUCGGUAACAUUCAUCUCUCGAGGGGGUGUCUAACUUGGUGUUAUGGUGUGUUUGACCAUAACUUAAAUUUAUGCUGGAAUAUCCCUUUAAUGCACAAGAAAUUCAGAGAACAAAAACCUCAGUGAUUUAAUGUUUAUGAAGACUGUUAGUGAUGUUAUGUUGAUUUUAUCCAGAUAGUAUGAAGCUGUGAAAAUGUUUAACAAAAUGCCUUCUCUCUGUUCUUGUCCCUUUUAUUCACUGUAUAAUUCGCCUGUCUUUCGCCGGUGGUCCUCCUGCCUCUCCUCUUCGACAUCUGCAAUUGGCUUUCGUAAGGUAAGGAGCCUUCUUGUCUGCCUCUCACACACACAUGACACCCCAGACACAUAAAACCCAGACUAAAGGGUGCGAACACACACAGCCAGUUGUGCAAGAUAGCGGGCUAGACUUACGUGACCUCUUAUCUCAACAUAAUGCUGACCCCAUGGUUGGAAACUCUGGAAACGAAAACUCAACCAGUCACAGCACUGGUCCAGGUGUCAGCAGUGGUAUCAGUCUGUCACAGCUCAUGUCUGAGCAUGUGCAGAAGAGUGGAGCUGAUACAGGGAGAGGUUUUGGUGCUCCUUCGUUAGGCGCUCUUAACAUGGGACCCAGUUCACCCAAUCAGAAUAGUUUGUCAUUCGGCACAUUUGGGUCUUUAAACAUACCUGCUGUAUCACAGAGCUCGGCUCCCUCCCUUCUUUCGGUUUCACUCAGUAGUCUGUCUUUAAACAACCCCAAGUUAACGACCGCAAGCUCCUCUUUGGCUGCUCCUCCUGGAUUUGGGAGUCUCAGUUCUGUCAUCCAGAGCAAUCAGCAUGCAGCAGGAGUUACGACUGGAGUCAAAGCAGAUCCUAAGGGGGGCCUGUCGCUGGCUGAUCUGAUCCAGGAGCAUUCAAACCGCAGUCCAGCAACUGCAUUAAACUCCCUCCCAGGUCUCCGAAACAGCUCCGUGGCUACACCAGCACCGACUAUGUCACUGUCCGCGCUCGCUUCACAGCACCAAAACAGGAACACAAGCAGCCAAUCGCAAUCACAACACACUGAACAGCCAGGAAAACCCUUUGCUGCACCAGCCAAAAUCACCCCUGCAUGCCUAGGUGGGACUGUCUCAUUGUCUCAUCUAGCCCUGCAGCAUCAAACCAGCACUGAGCCUUCAGCACUGCAGCAGCCACCUGCCACGUCUGAGCUGCUGUCUUUGUCGCAUUUGGCAUCUGCACACAAAGGCAAAACCUCAACCACCUCAAAUGGGUCACAUUACUCCCUCACCUCUCUCCUCUUACCAGCAAAACCAGAGAAGGCUGGUGUGUCAGCAGAGAGUACUACAGAGAGUGGGACAGAGCAUCAACUCGACCACAGACCACACCACCAAAGCUCCAAGCUAUCUAAGCCGAAGCAGGUUAUCGAUUUGAGCACGCUCAUGGCCCAGUCAGACGCAGGGAGCCCCCGUCUUUUCGACCACGACCUCCCUUCACCGUCCUCCCUAACCCCAGUUGCCUCUGUUUUUGCUCAGCCAUCAGUUUUCGCGAUUACCUUGUCAAUUCAGAGCUGCAGACAGCAAAAGAGGAGGAGGAAUGUGUUGAGGGGAAAAAUUAAAGGUCAGAGGACAGGAAGUGGUUAUCAGGCCUUCCUCUGGAAAUUUGACGACAAAUUCAAAGAGCAGCAAAAUCCGCUCUCACCAAUUGUACCAUUUGGCUUCGAUACACCUUCUCCUGAUGAUGUUGUCCGCGCAAACCAGCGAAAAGCUUUCACUCGGUAGAUCCUGACUCACUUAUCAACGCUGGUGCUAAAUCGCCUCCCGGUUGAAGAACCUUGGGUCAUUUCAGCUUUUACUCCAAGAAAUGAACCUAAGUGAUUGAAAUGCAGCUCUCAGGGUCAGCAGCUUCUGGAACUUUUUUUUUUUUAACUGCUCCUCUGGAGUCAAGGACCUUUUGGGACCAACAACCUCUCCUGCUUUGCUUAAAAACUACAAGAAACAGUAUUAAAGAGCAUUUUGUCUUUUGUAGAGACUAGAGAUCAAGCCUGAGAUCACUUAUACUCAUAGAACAAUCAUAUCGAAGUCAAACUGGAUCAAACUCCUCAGUCAGCUCGGCAGCUUAAAAUCUAUUGCAGCUAAGUUGAAUUUCAAUGACCUUUUAAUAUUUUAAAACAUUUUAGAGCUUUGUUUUCUGACUUUAAAUUCCUAUUUUUGUAUGCAUAGAUAGCUAGUGGUCUUUUUAUCAACAUUAUUUGUAUAGAAAUGUAAGUAGUUCAACUUAAGGCAGAGACAAUGAUGGCAAAGAAAGUCUCUCUCUCUAUUUUGCAUGGCCUCUUUUCUAGUUUUGAAGCAGCAUGAACCUUUAAAAGAGAAAAGGAGGUUGAUUCAGUCUGCAGGUGUGCUGCAGCGAUUGGAAUAUGGAUCAGUUAACCAUUGUGCUGGUUUACUCUGCUGCUGCUGGGUUUGAGAUCAGGGGGUAGACAUUUUGGUUUGGAGGACACCUGGAGAUUUUCCCAUGAGGGAGUGAGCGUGUGCAAACACUAUCACACACACAUACACAUACACAAACACACAUACACACAUACACACACGUGCGAGAAUGCAAAAAAUGAAUGGUUUUAAAGUUGAAUAAUGCAGAAAUGACUGGAUUUAACAAGCACUGAGGAUCAAGAGCACUCUCCUGAAUCAUACAAGCUUUUAAUAUGAGGAUUUACAAAUGGGUUUGAUUUAUGCUGGGUGUGUCUUCACACUCCGCCAAAGUUUAAUUUGUCAAUUUUGAAAUAAAGAUGACUAAGUUUAUGUACUCUAAAGGCACCUGUGUCUGGGUGUGUCUUUGUGUGUGUGCUUUUGUGUGUUGAUAGUAUAAGAUUCUAUCUUUUUUUUUUUUUUUUUCAAACUGAACUUAUUCAACACGGACUAUUAAUACAACUUUAUUUUCCUCUUAAGGUAUAAAAUACAGGUUUAGCAUGACUGAGAUGUUGUAUGUCUGUUGGAAGUGAAGAGUUUUAGCAAAACUGGUGAUUUGAUAGGUGUCCACUGAGAUAUGAAAACGCUCUGCAUCAUGUAUCUGGUGCAGAGCGGGUUUUUUUUUUGUUUAGUUUUUUUUUAGGUUAGCCUCCUCUUACGAUAUUUCACAUCUAAGUGUGAGUCAUCAGUAUUGGUUUGAAUGGAGAGUCUCGCUCCCAAAGAAAUGAAAGUUUAACACUAAGGCUUAGACAUGGAGAGGCUACGACUGAACCCCAAAACCGGUAUUAUUCUGAGUAUUGUCGUCAGGAUGCUGGUGUGUAUUGUGGUUAUUACAUGGGAGGAGUUGAUAGGGGCUGAUGUCAAACUCUCCUCAGUGUUGAGUCAUUUUCUUUCACAGCUUCAUUGUUGUCUUUACUGUGAGAACACUCUUUGAGCGAAGGGCUUGGGCUUAAUGUGUGUAAACUUUAUACAGGUGCAGAGAGUUGAGUGAAGUGGACCCUCAGGGUGUCAAACAUAGACUGGUGAGCCUGAGGGGCGUGAUACACAAUAAAGGGCAGACUGUGGUAAUAAUGACAAGUCAAACAUUAGAAGUCAAACAGGUUUCUCAGCCCACAUGUUCUCCUGGGAGCAUUAUGAUGUUUGGACAUAAUUUAGGAUAGUGAGAUCUGGUUUUUAUGUUGGUAGAGCAGGUUUGGUUCUAAGUCAUUUUAAUAUGUGAAAAUCUACAAAUGAGUAAGCGCAAUUAACCCGUGGGUCUGUCCAGCAACAGUUCUGUCCUGUUUUUCUCACUUAAAGGCGAGCCAGAGUGUGGGUUUAAGCAGGAAGCCACACUCUUGGGGAAAAUGUCACCCCAAGCACAUACACAUACACACAAACACAGCAGCCGAUCAUCUUACUCUGCGUGUGUCUCUCUUUUACACCACCUACGUAGGAAAAAAUCUAAUCGUGUCUCUCAGCUUUUCACAGCUUUGUCACAAGCUUUGACAGAUCAAAUCAUUCAGUGUCUCUUCAAGCUCUGCAGCUCUGCAGGGUGUAGAUGCUGCAAACAUUCAGUUAAGUUGUGAUGUGGUGCCAACUGGAAAAUACCAUCUAACUCACAAAAAGUGGUCAUAAAGAAAGAGAGCAGAUGCAUUUUGGUUUUAUUUCUGCAACAUGUUUCUUGUUUUUUGCGGGUUUAGAGUGACUCUUCAUGGAAAAAGUUGCAUCUCAAUUCAAAGAAUGCUAGAAAGUCACCAUGAAGCAGUGAUGGAGCAGUUUAUGAUAGUUGUUGUGGCUUUAGAUCUACUCCUGUUCAAUAUCUCUUUUUUUUGUCCUUGUGCAAAAGCUGUAAUCGAAUAACCGGAAAAUUAUUUAAUAAAGGUUUUGCAAAGUAACUUGAAGUAACUGGGACAUUUUUACUACUGUGUUUACUAGAAUCAAGCAGUUUAUGGGUUUAUAGUGUGUAACUAAGGGCAAAAAUAAAGGUCAAAAGCAUAUCUAAUCCAAUUUUAUUUAUAUAGCACAUUUUAAAAACAUUAACCUUCACCGAAGUGCUGCACAGUAAAAUUAAAAAGUUAAAACAUCAGAAGAAAAGACAUAAAAGCAGGUAAAAUACCAUUAAAAAAAAAUAAAAUAAAUGAAAUAAACACAAAAACAUAAAUGAAAUGAAAGCGAUAUAAAAGACCAUAAAAGACUUAAAAGAACAGUGAUCACACAACUCUCAUGCUGAACUAAAAGCCAAGGAAAAAAAAAAAGAGUUUUAAGACGUGACUUAAAAGUAGGGAGGGUGGGGGAUGUUUUGAUCUCGAGUGACAAUUCAUUCCACAAUUUUGGAUUAACUGUACGUGUGUGAGGGAAGCCUGACUAACACCAACGUAAAGAGCAUUACAGAAGUCCAACCAUGUAGAGAAAUAAAAGCCUGGAUUACUCGCUCAAAAUUAUGAAAAGAUAAAACCGAUUUAAACUUGGAUAAAAGCCUCAGAUGAUAAAAGCUGGAUUUAACAACAGAGUUGAUUUGUUGAUCCAAUUUAAAAUCAUUGUCGACUUCUACACCAAGAUUUAAAACUGUUGGUUUUAAAAAAGGUAAACGAGGGUCCAACUCUCUGAGAGUUGCCUCCUGGGCCUCACUGGAGCCAAAGAUGAUCAGUUCUUAGGGUUAAGGCAAUAUAUUGAUUCUUUGGACCAUGAUCUCAUAUUGGCUGGAUAUCUCUUCAUUUUAAUAUUUGGAGAAGAGAACACAGUAGGCCUAUGUCUUUAAAGAGAGAAAGUUAGUGUAUUUGUAUGAGUGAGGUUCAAAGUUCAUCACUGGAUCAAUGAGUAAGUUCAUAUUCAUUUACUUUUUCGCACCUAUCGGAGGCUAUGAUUGGUAUCUUUCAGAGCUUAUACUGAUCAAAACUUGACUAUACUGCCUCAACUCUCAUUCUGAGUAACAAACUUUAUAAUGAGUCAUGGUAAGUAAUGGUAACAGUAGUAAUUAGCACAGUAUGCUUAAAGACAAAGCAAUGCACUUAAAGCGUGAGGGUGACGUUCAGAUUCAUAGCUUUUUAUUUUUUAUUUUUGUAUUGACUGAAAGUUUCAUUCCAGAAGAAUAAGAACGGUGAUCGUGACAAUGAGCAGCAUGCAGUUCCCAGAACAGUUUAGACAUAUUCACAUUUUUUCAAACGUCAACACAUUGCUUAACUUGCGUUAAGCAUGACGCACUUCAACCACAAAUCAGGGAUGUGAUGUUUACAAGUUUUUUUGAUAAUAUCAAUGAAAGUCUGCCCCACAUCAGUUAGAUGGUAGAUUAAGUUGUUCUGAGUUUCCAAACUAUGCACCGCUUCUUUUAACUCCAGAGUUAAUUUGUCAUUUGCAUCUUGCAGAGUAUUUCACCUGCUGCAUCCUUUCUUUCUCUGUCAUGUCUUUCAGUGGAAAAAUCCCCAUUAGACUCAAUAAUUGAGUUUAAGUUUAGACAGCUCGCUUAAGGUGUCUGCCUAUCUGCUGCCCAGAUCUGUUGCACUGUUUUUGAUAAACAUCUACUGAGCAAUAACUUACUAAUGAAACUGCAGAAGCUGCUAUUUGAGAACUUCAUGUUUUCUUUUAUAUGACUUUGACUAGCAUGUCAUGUCUUUUUGUGGUAGCAAGUUUAGUGCAAGCCUCAUAUUUACCAGAACUAAAUCUAGCUUGAUCUGCCAAUGAAGCUAGCAUUUGAACCUUUUGAACUUAGCCCUAGUUUAUCAGGAGAGCGCUGAAUGGAAAACUGGAAUGCCUUAAAAUAGGUUAACUUAUUUGUUUAGAUAUAUAGUCAAACAAUGGAAAUCCAAAUUUGUGUUGACAGUACAGGUGAGUACGCUGUUCAGAAAUCUGUCAGAUGAGAGUCAGGUGAGACUUCCUCAGGUGGUUUCUUUGAGUCAUGGCGGAUUGUCUGCAGAGUAGGUGGGAGCAGGAGAUGAGGCGUUUUUGUUGUCUGAAAUGGUGAGUGGUGGUACUGAGUUUGUGUGAUUGUGACUCACCCUGAAAGGGUCAGGUGGGAAAUUUUCCUUCAGCUCUCGUUUCCUUUAGGUGAACUUUCAGUCAUCUCUUCAUUCACACAUGAAUGAAUUUUGACAGACGAACCUGUUCAUUCAUGUAUUCACUCAUCAGACACAACAUAAAGACAAUUCGAUGCGUCCCAAUACAACAGAAGGAUACCAUGAAGUGAGAUUAGAGGGUUAGCUGCAUCUGCUUAGCCGUAACUCUGAGGUUACUAUGCAACCUUGUAGUGAGGCAGAAACACUGGGAUGAGGGUGAUAAGAGCAAGUAGUAAGAGUGCAAACAUGUUAUUCUGAUUUUUUAACAUAUUUGUGGAAAUAGUUUAAUUAGUCUGAAAUGGCCUAUCUCACUCAUGUAUUUUGUCCCCUGUGACUAUCUAUAGAUGACAGAGCCAAAAGAAAAAGGUUUGGUCUAAACUUCGGAACAGUACCUGGAUCUGUUGACUUGUUUUGCCCUAUUGUUACCCAGCAGCAGAUCCUUUAAAAGUGGAUUUGAAUGAAGCCAAGCGUGAUAGUCUUUGACAGCCUUUGGCGACCCCCAGUGGUAAGGAGUCUCAUCACCAUCACUGCUUUUCACAAAAUUCCCCCCUUUUUUAAACCCUUUAAGGCUUCAAAGCAGUUUGUCAAAUAUUUGAUUAGUUUGUUCUUAUUUUUUCUCAUUUUGGAACCAGUUUUCUAAAAGGAGUCAAACCGAUCUGAAGGGAUGUGCCGCCAUGUGUUGGGCAGAGUCAUGUAGAGUAUAAACAGAUCAAACAGCUCAUGUAUCAACUCAAAGAUGAAGUCAUCAUAUCCGGCUACAUUUAUCUCCAUCCCAGCAUCCCCAUUACCGGCUCAUCCACCUGAAGCUCUUGUUAUUUUCUUUUUGCCUACCUGUGUGUGUGUGUGUGUGUGUGUGUGUGUGUGUGUGUGUGUGUGUGUGUGUGUGUGUGUGUGUGUGUGGUUGUGUGUGUGUGCGUGCAUGCGUGUGCGUGUGUGUGCUUGAAGGGGGGUUGAUAUUUGCAUAUCCUGGGCGGACUCCUCUCAUCCUGUGCUCAGUUGAGCCCUCAGGCCAAGGUGUACGGAUGACUCACUCACUCUUAGUCACUCGUAAGGGUCCCCUUUACUUGAGAAAUCCUGGAUGGGAGGACGCCAACUGUUUACUUGCCAGUCCAAACAGUGUGAGGAGAUCCUGCUCCUAGCCCCAGAACAUGAUUAGUCUGCAUAGGCGGCCCUCCAGUUAAAGCUGCCCUGAGGCAAGCUGGAGAGAAAAAAAGUGUUGGAAAAGUCAGUUGUUUGUUGAGUUGUGACAGUCUUUUGAGAAAGCAGCAUGUCCGGUAGAUCAAAAAGGGUUUUUCCAUGCAUGAGAGCUUGGGGUUGUUUGACUGGGUGUCCCUGUCUGUUUCACCUCAGGUUAAAAAAUAAAGGCAAGGAUCUGAGAUAGAAACCCUUCAGGUGCGUAAUAGCAGCACGAUGGGUAGUAGCUUUUUGUGGUUUAUUGUGAUUCACCUUACUGUAGUUAAUCUGAUCUUACUAUCACAGCUGAUGUCCCUCUGAAGUGUUUUGUGAACUGGCUAGCAUCUCUUGCCUGACACAGGUGGUUGAAACUUAAACAUCUCUGUUGUAGGGACAAGAAAACCCCUCAGCUGCAGGAAGGACCAAAAAUCCCCCUUGAGAGUUUUUCCAUCGCAUGUUUCUUUCUGAUGCAAACUUUUUUUUUGCAGAUUUCAGCGAAAAGUGUUGCAUUCAAGGCCUUCAUUUUUUGUUUUGCAUGCAUCUGUUCACCACAGGUUUGAAACAGAGUAUUUUUUGAACUUUCUGAGCUUAAUUACAUUUCACUAUCCCCUUUCUGUCUCAUCUGCAGAUUUUCAUUUUUAAAAGCUGCAGAUCUUUUGAAAAAGUCAGAUCCUCCCAACUUAUGAGCAGUCAAGUGUGAGAAUAAGCACCAUUGAAGCCAGUAUUCAGACUAAAUGAUAAGAGAAGAGACAAGUGUAUGUGAUGCCUCGCCUGUGUAUCAGUGUUUCAGAAUGAGAGGGACUUUUUCUCCAAGGCAGAACCAGUCAUACAGAGAAAGUCUGGUCAGAGAAAGUUCAUUAAUAAUUCUGUUGAAUCACACGCAACUUUCUGCCUUUUUCCUUUAGGGUAUUUUUAAUGAUGAAUAAAAUGUGUGAGAUAAAAAAAAAGACUGCUCUCAUUGAUCAAAUGCAUGAUGAGAAACAAAUCUGCAGUCUUGAGUGACAAACAGAGACAUUUUUUAAAAGUUUUUUCUUAACAGGGAAAUUGAAAUUAAAAGGUGCACUAAACGUGUUUUUUUUCCUGGUACCAAAACAAAAUGUUUAAGGAAAUCUCACAAGUGCAUCAAAAUCAGUUCUGUGUCUGUGAAUCUCCCGCCUUCCUCUCUGCUGAGGAGACACUUUUUCAAAAGAUUCAUUCUGCGAAAUGCUGCAUCACACUGCUCUAUUUGUGUGGAGACGGGAGGCAACGGCCACUUCUGAAAUUAACCCUCUCUUAACCAGGAUGUCACCGCUACACACGGUGCACACAGAUGCACAGGGUGCAGCAGGCUGGGUUGUGCAGCCCAGUCUAAAUGAAUCAGUCACAGGUUGAAAUGACUGGAACUGGUAGCCAUUCGGGACUGGGAUGACGGUGCAAUGACCUCAACAAGUUUCUUGACUGGUAAAAUAAACUACCUGUCAGAUAAAGAAAGGGUUAACUUAUUGCAUCACAUGCUUACAGUUAAGAGUGUGAACUUUUAAUGCAAGUCAGAGCUCAUUAACUUAAACUUUGUUGGAAUAAUUUUAGAUUUUUACGACUAAUUCCUUCUAAAAAGUUACGUAAACAAAAAAAGUAAAGUGAGUACACAUUCAAUUAGCGACCUCUGGCAAGUAAAGUCUGUAACAUUAAUUACCCCAGUGCUGAUGUAAAAACAGAAAUAAAUAGGCAAAUAGAAACAAAUGAGCAACUGUUACGAGAGUAUAGUUAUGACAGCUGGACUACUUGGUCAGAACAUCUCCAAACCUGCGGCUCCUGAGUGGUCCAAGAUGAAAAAUCUUUGAACGAGUGAUGGUGUUAUCAGUGGCUAAGGCUCACUCAAUGAUGUGCAUGGGGAGUGAAGUCUGGCCCUUGUGGUCUGGUCCAGUAGAAGAGCUCCUGUACCUCAAAUGUCUAAAAAGAUGUUCAAGCUGGUUCUGAAAGAGAAGAGUCAGAACACAGCACCCUUUUUAUAUGCAUGAUGAAUUCAAUGGGUUGAUUUCCAAAAUCUCAAAACCACCUCAUAAUUUAGAAGAAGAAAAGAACCUGCUGCUCUGUCCUGGUGUCAGAUAUAACAGCAGCACACCUUCAGAGGUCCAGUGGAGUCUGUUUUGGCUGCAAAACCUACUCAGUCCAAAGCAGAUGGUCAUAAUGUUGCAUAACCUGUAGUGAUGAAAGUUUGCUGAAUUCAUUGAUCAGAGCACUUUUUAAAAUAAAGAUAUAAAGUGUUUAACAAGACAACACAUUAAAACUAAACCAUAAACUGUGCACAUCGAUUCAUUUUCUAUCUUAUACAUUAUAUUAGAGUUUUACAUUACUCUGGGGUGUUUUAUGUAUUUAUCAUCAUCCCGCGUCACUUUAUCUCACAGCUUUCAUUUUAAUCAGCAGCUGUAUAUAUAACUUAUUUUCAAUGAUUUACUAUAUUUUAGUUUUCUGCAUUAUUUUUUUAUUCCAUUAUUUCUCCUCUCUUACUCUUGCUGUAGUCUUACUUACUAACUAUGUCUGUGUUUCUGCAGCAACUGAAUUUCCCCUCUUGGUAUUAAUACACUACUACCUUAUCUUAAAAGCAUAAGCAAAGGCAGGAAAUCAAACAAAUUAGAUUAUUUCAAAGGAUUAAAAUAAGUAUAUUCAGGUAAGACGUAUUGGCAUAAGGCAUGGCGUAAGGCAUGUUUUAAAGACAGAAUGAUAUUUUUUGUGCACACAUGUACAAAUAAUUAAAACACGCUAAAAAAAAGUGGAAAUGAAACGUGUGAAUCAAUUUCCGUCUUUGACUACUCAUCCAAUGAGACUCUGAUGUUUGUUCUUGGUCAUCAUGAAAGAAUAACUUGUGAUCGUGUAGAGUUAAGACCUCCAACUCUGCUCUACUGCCAGUCAUACUGGUCCAGUUAACCCUACAAUCCAGUGGCAGAAAACUGUCAAGUCUUACUAUUGUUGUGUUCAUAGAAAAGUUUAUCGAAGGCCUUUUCUCUGCUCCUUUAGAGUAGAAAAAACUGAGUCAUCAUCUGUUGUGAAGCCUGUCUGUUUCUGUGAAAAAUUGUGACCAGAUUUGUUCCUCUGUUUCCUUUUAGCUAAAAACAGAGACUCAUCUCACAAUAAAGUGGACUCUGAAGUGGUCCCCAAAGUGGCUCGGAUGACUGUCUCUGGAAAGAAGCAGACGAUGGGCUUCGAUGUUCCCAGGUACCUGUCUGCACACAAUCAUACAUUCAUAACCAGAUAUUAAAAACUGCACGCUGGCUGAAGGGAAAAGUUGUGUUUCAUAUUUUCUUCUCAGUACGGGUGAGAAUGGUGCCAGCCCCUCUGCACGUCGACGUGGCAGCCCAGACGACACGCCUGUGACCUCAGAGGCCACGCCAAAACGUCCUGAGACUCCAUCCAAAGGCUCAAAUGGAGACGAGCCCUCCACGGUCCCGACCCCAGGCCGCUCAUCUGGGAAGGCCAGACAGUCGAUUAAUGUGAAGGCUGAGCUGGAGAAGAGGCAGGGCGGCAAACCUCUGCUGAAUCUGGUGGUCAUAGGUGAGAUUUAGUGAAAUCACCCUUAAAAAAACCCAUCAAAGCUCAAGAAAGUGUUUCAAUACUGUCAAGUCAUUAUACACAGAUUUCAAACCUGCUUAUAAAUUUUGUGUUCCUGUUCUGCUAAAUUCGUCUCAGUGCUACACUCUGCACAUUUACUCAAAUCCUAAAGGCCUGUUUCAUGCACUUAACCGAGGUUUGACGAGAGUCAAUGAGUCAAACAUCCGACCAGAAAAGUUGCUCAAUCAUAUUUUCUCAGUCUCGGUUACACCAGAAAAAGUGACUCGGUAGUUUCAGAGGUGAACCUGAUUCUCAUUUCCCAUAGUCUGUGAAACCUUUCGUUUUUACCACGGUCUUCUUCUUCCUCCCCCCUUCACCCUCCAUCCUUGUUCCCAUUUCUGCCCUCCUCCCUCUUCUUGAGCAACUCUGUUUCUUUCCUGCCCCAGUCUGUGGCUUUCCUGUGUUACGCCUUAUCUCCUCUCUCCUCUGUACCUUCCUUAUCACCCUUUCUACACUCUUCCUCCCUUUCUAUCUCCCCUCGUAUCUCCUUGUUUCUUAAAGCCCUCCACGCCCUCUGAGCCUCUUUUCUCUUUCUUCUUCUUUCUCUUUACUUCCCCAUCUCCUCAGGGUGAUUAUAUUGCAUUAUUCUUCUCUGCAGGUCACGUGGAUGCUGGUAAAAGCACACUGAUGGGCCACCUGCUGUAUCUGCUGGGCAACGUCAACAAGCGCACCAUGCACAAGUAUGAGCAGGAAUCCAAGAAGGCUGGAAAGGCCUCUUUUGCGUAUGCUUGGGUCUUGGAUGAAACUGGCGAGGAGAGGGACAGGUAUAUUUGAAGUGUUGAGAUAAACACAAAUGAAUACAUGUAGACACACUUGAACAGGGAAAUUCCCUUUUGUUCCCCCUAAGCAUCGACAGCAUAAAUCGAGCCACAAUGAGAUGUCUCCCUCCUGUGUGGCUUACUUAGUAAUAUUUUUAAGACUUUGCGAGAAGAAAUAAAUGCAACCCAACAUUAUAUUGUCCUAAAAUUGGAUAAACUGGUUUAUUUGAAGUGAAUAAUUCAAAGAUGUUUCACUGAUGAACAGCGUAAACAUUCACUCGACUCCUAACUCAAAAAUAUGCUCUUCGCUCUGUUGUUGUUUGAGUGAAACGGAAGCGAAAUACACCAGAAACAGAAACUGAUUUGGGUGGGAUCAAUAUUGACAUAUAUCAGUAGCUCCUCAAGCAAAUACGUGAUGCACACAGCAUCAACUUGAGAGCCUCGCCCACUAGAAGAUGUGCUCUCGAACGGAAAAUGACUGAAACUUAAAAACUAUCACGUUAAUCCUCAGGGUUACAGCUUUACCGUGUUUCCAAGCACUGUCUGUUUUCAAAAGUGGGUCAAGUGACUGCCAGAUAAUGCCGUCAUUUGUUUGUCUUUGCUUCAGAGGUGUGACAAUGGAUGUGGGCAUGACCAAGUUUGAGACAAACUCAAAGGUGGUGACCUUAAUGGACGCACCAGGACAUAAAGACUUCAUCCCCAACAUGAUCACAGGAGCUGCACAGGUAUAGUGUGUGGAUGUUUCCAGCAGCCCACAGAAAAUAUAGAGUGAAUGUAUUAUCUCCAGCUUACAAAGCAGAGACCUCAAUAAGCUACUGUUCAAGUUCAUAAAACAGUGAUUUAUCUUGUUAAAAUUCGAUUUAAAAAAAAAGGAGAAAAAAAAAGUCAAGUAGAUCUGAGUGUAUGCAUGUUGAAGGUCUCAUCACCAGCUUGCAGAACAUUAAAAAGGGUGUGCCUCAGGGUUUGGUUCAAGGACCACUGUGAUUCAAAAAGUAAAAGGAGUGUCAGUAAUAAAAGAUGAAAAAAAAUUAUACAAGUUGGGCAUGAAUUUGGAUAACCAGGCUUAGAUAUACCGCUGUUGUUGUAAGAUUUGAAUCUUGGGCAGCAGGUCUCUGAAGGUGUAUUGAAGACUUCAGACGCUUUGAACCAUUUCUGUGUGGGAUCAGUGUCAAAGUCUUAUUUUGUAUAUUCAUGAUUUGCUGUGAUAUCUAUUCUACUGUAUUUUGCAAGUGCUCUCCACUGUAAGUUUGAAAUCUUGUUCAACGUGUCUUAACCUCGAAACUCUGCAGAAGUCACAUUUUGAAUGUCAAUGCAGCUUUUAUUCUAUUAUAAAUUUUUGGCUGCACAAAUUGUUUUCCAGGACCAGUUUUUUAAUCUGGUCUAAAUCAGUUUUGCAAAACAGAGAUUUAAACUUUUCAUGCACAAUUCUUCUAAGUUUGCUCCAUUUCAACUUUAACCUUGAAGCUGAGCAUGACAGUGACACGGAGCAUCUGUGUGACUCUGCAAACCUCAGCCUGAUUGAAAAAGGUUCUUCCCCUCCUCCGUUUACCCUCAGCCUGCCACACCUGCCAACGUGAUUUGAAAUAACUUUGGUGGUUUUGGGUGUUGCUAUCACAAGGUGUUUUUCUAGUCAUGGGCGUGCACCUCUGUCUCUGUUUUGAGCCAUUAAUGUAAUUUCUCUUUUUACCAUAUGACUGUCAUCACGUCUAUCAAAUCAUGUUGUGACUAAGAGAUUUCUGCAGUAAGCAAAUGAAGAUGUGACAGUCACAUUCACCAAGGCUGAAGAAGACGUUUCUCAGCCAGGAACUCUACACUGUAAAAAGUACACAUCACACAAUGCAGUCUUCAUAAACUUAUUUCAAAUGAAUAUGUUACAAAACAAAAGCAAAAAAUGAGUACAUCUAUUUUCUAAAUUACAUACAUGUUCCCUGUUUUGGCUUGACAGUUCAAGGGAUAUUCCAGCGUAAAUUUAAGUUAUGGUCAAACACACCCUAACACCGAGUUAGACAACCCCUCGAGAUAAAUGUUGCCGACUGCUUGCUUCUCGAGUUAUACCAACUUCAGCAACGACCGCACGAUAGCAAUGUACAGCGGUCUACAUCUCCACGUGUUAACCCCAACCAAAAAGCCACUCUAUAGCCACAAAUAAUGCUCAGAACAGCACCUAACUUCAUCAACAGUACAUAUAGGGUCCUGGCCAUAGUACUAGCCAUCAAACAUCUUUUUAGCUUUGCCUGGUUUCUUUAGCAAAGAGACUUAACACAACUCACCUACUCUCCUCCAGCAACCGCUUGUUUGUGGGGGAGCCCUGACAAGUUGAUCACAGAGUGCAGUGGAGUUUCGCAGCUCAAGGAAGAACAUUAAUGAUUACUUCAUGGAAAUGAAAUCAGAGUUCUUGUGUAUCUUGUAUGUGAACUGCAGACACGGAAGUUCCUUUGCCUUACCGGCUUAGUCUGAUUGCAUUUGUAUUAAGUAAUUUACGUUGUAAUAUCUCUUAAACCGGAAGAAAUGCUUCUUAAAACUGCAAACAUAAAAAACAUUGCAUGAUUAAAGUAGCAUUAACAGCAUGUGGUUCUGUUGUCUCUCAAGGCUGAUGUGGCUGUGCUUGUGGUGGACGCCAGCAGAGGAGAGUUUGAGGCGGGCUUCGAGUCCGGUGGUCAGACCAGAGAGCACGCCCUGUUGGUGCGAUCACUUGGCGUCACUCAGCUGGCUGUAGCUGUCAACAAGAUGGACCAGGUCAGAGCUAUACCACAUCACUGACACAACAGCAAUGAUUUUACACUGUUUUUGUGAUGCACAACUCAAACAUGCACAAUUGGAAUAGAGUUUAUGCCUAUAGGAAAAAUCCUUUAAUAUGCUUGGAGAGAAGUUGGCUCAAAAUCAGAGUAAAAUUUUUCCUAACAUCAUACUCAUGCAGCUGUAGAAAUUUCACACUUCUGAAGUUUGGACUGUCAGAAGAGAGGAAAGCCUCAGGGAUGUGUGAUUUUCAUACCUAAGCUUUGCUAAAGUUUUGUUUGUGUGUUUUUCCUUUCUGUGUGUGUGUACAAAUCAGGUAAAUUGGCAACAAGAGCGCUUUAAAGAAAUUACAUCCAAACUUGGCCAUUUUCUCAAGCAGGCAGGAUUCAAGGUGAGUUUGUGUAGACAUCAUCUCAACCUCUAGUACCAAACUCUUUUUCUGUACUGUUGUUUGAAGAAGUGUUUUAGAUACCUAGUGUUUUAGAUCCAGUAUUUUUCUUUUUUUCCAGGACUCAGAUGUCUUCUACAUCCCUACCAGCGGCCUGUCAGGAGAAAAUCUUACCACCAGGAGUUCAGUGUCUGAGCUGACCUCUUGGUUUUCUGGUCCCAGCCUCCUGGAACAGAUCGGUAAUGUUUCCCUGGCAGGGUUUAAGCUGUUUAAAGCUGUUUGACCUUUGACACUAAAACUCGGAUCUCUUGAUCAAAAAUACGGACGCACAUGCUGCAUGUCAUCCCAAAUCUUAGGGAAGUUUCUUGAAAGAGCUCAGUAAAACACAAUGGGCUUUAUGCCCCGAUGUACUACUUCCUGAAUUUAAGGCAGCUCCUUUAUGUCUUACAUUAUUGGACUAACAGAUUAAUCCAGGUGUGUCUGAGUAGUCAUUAUGAUCAGUCACACCUGGAUUAAUCAGUUUGUCCAAUCAUGUAAGACAGGAAAUAAGGGGGCUGCCUUAAGUUCAGGAAAUAGUGGAGCUGUGCAUAGAGCCCAUUGCUGUUCUUGAAGAUUUUGUAGAAAUGAAUUGCAGAAAUGUCGACUUUAUUCCAAAAGUUUUAAGUCCUUAUCUGUGAAAGUGAGGAAUAAAUAUUAUAUAAAUAUUUAAUAUAUAAAUAUUAAAUUUCCCUUCAGGGAUUAAUAAAGUUCUUUUUAUUCUUAAAGCACAGGACUUUACUUUAAGAAAAUUAUGCUGUUUCAUCCUGUCAUCCCCUGAUGUCUUAAAAAGUGGCUCUUAGGGUCUUUACACUGUGAAAUUGUGUACAUGUAUCAAACUGAACUAGGCCCCAAGAAAAUGAAAUUUGAAAGUUUGAAACUUGCAUCAAAAAUCUGGAGCUAAAUGACUCUAUAGGCUGACUCACUUCAACAAUAGAUAAAUUGCAAAAGUCUUUCAGAUAAAAGGUCAUUUCGAGUCUUGCUCACAUGCUUUGGGCAGCAGUGUCCCUGUAACCAAAGUGCUGAUCAGUCAGGAUGUGCCAGUAAGGACACUGAAGAGUUUUUCUUGGAGUACCAGAGAAGAUGAUUCACCAGCAGAUGUUUAUGUGAACUAGUCUUCCCGCUCUCUAUUGUUUGCUUCCUCUUUUCUAAUCCUCUUUCUCUCUCCACUAAAGAUGCCUUCAAAGCCCCUCAGAGGUCUGUGGAUAAACCUUUCAGACUGUGUGUCUCAGAUGUGUUCAAAGGUAAAACUCAAUGAUACACUCGUCAACUACAUGCUGCUUCAACUCAGGGCAGUCCUCAUUUGUCUAUUUCUGAAUUCAAGAGGUUGCUGAUGUUGCGUUUUUCUCCUCCCAGAUCAGGGCUCGGGUUUUUGCGUAACAGGGAAGAUCGAGGCGGGGUACAUUCAGACCGGAGACAGGAUACUGGCUAUGCCUCCCAAUGAAACAUGCACGGUCAAAGGUAAGCGCAUUGCUGCACUAAGCUGGUGUGAUGAGAAACUGUGGGUCUUUUAUAUUUACUAACUUCAGAGACAGAGCUGAAAAGAUGCUCCUGAACCCAGUUAUGACAUUAUCAAUCCAGUGGUCAACUUAAAUAAUAAUGAAAGCACCGUAAAUAUUUAAAUUAGAGUCUGGAGGUGUGUGACCUUUUGUAGAUCUGUAAUCAACACUGCCAUCUUGUGGCAGCUGAAUGACCUGUCUCCCCUCCUAAACUGUCCCACAGGAAUAACUCUGCAUGACGAGGCUCUGGACUGGGCUGCAGCAGGAGACCAUGUGAGCCUCACAGUCACAGGCAUGGACAUCAUCAAAAUCAAGUAAGCCAAAGUAGUGCCAUUAGGGUUACCCCCAAUUACCACUGCAUCCGUUUGUGAGACGAAUUUUGUGGCGAAUUUUGGGGAGCAGUAAUCGCAAGAACGCACAAGAACCCGUGGAUUCACAUGCAAUCGCACGAUAACAAGUUGUCUCUAUAAAGACAGCCACAUAACCAUAUAAGCAGUAGAUUGUGUCCUUCCAGAGGAGGAAAUCCACUCUGUCCAGACAACAUUUGGUACCCAUUUGUAACUUACCAUCCACUCCCCGUACUCCUGCUAUGGAAUCCCAUGCCAUAACCUUUUUAUGACUGUCCUUAUAUAGGGGAUGAGAUGGUCAUAGUUUAUUAUGUGAUUUUGGACUUCCAGAAUCAGCGUCUCCUCAUCCAUAGUGUCAUCGGGGUGAAAAGAAGUCUGAAAACCUUUGACUUGUUUGUCUUUGCACACGUUUGCAUAGUGCGAAAUACGACCCGCCUGAAACACGUAGUGUUUUAUUUUAAAAAGAGGCCAGAUGUUUUAUUUUGUGUCUGUCCCCAACUUCUUUCUAGCAUGGGCUAAUCUGUGCUGAAUUUAUGCAGCAUGCUGUAGUGUCCGGAAAAAAAUAGAACCCUGGUGAUCGGCUACAAAGCUGCAGGGGGGCCAGAAAGAAGCCGGUGGAAAUUGAUGCAUUAACUUGAAUGGAAACGAUCAGCAGUGAUCGGUGUCGACAACCUUUUCGCUGUCGUUCCAGAUGCGGUGGAAAUUAGGAGUUAGGGUUCAAUCAGCUGUUUUUUUGUUAUUACUCUUUUUCAUGUUUGAAUUGUGUUUAUUGAUGUCUGUAAUAAGUGAUGGUUGUUUCCCCUCAGUGUGGGCUGUGUGUUCUGUGAUCCCAAAGAGCCCAUCCGAGUCUGCACUCGAUUCAGAGCUCGAGUCCUCCUCUUCAACAUUGAAGUCCCCAUCACACAAGGCUUCCCAGUAAGCAAACACAAGCUCACAUACACAUGUAACAUCAACAGUUUUUACGAGUUCAGGGCCAAGAUUUACAGCCUUACAGUUGAACAUACAUGUUUAUUCAUUGCCUGUGUUUGUCUUGUGUAGGUGUUGCUGCAUUACCAAACAGUCAGUGAACCAGCCACCAUUAGGAAACUUAUUAGUGUUCUACAUAAGAGCAGCGGCGAGGUCCUAAAGAAGAAACCAAAGUAAGUGUUGAGGAAAAAGUGGGGUAUGUUUUCUAUUGGGCUAAAGUGAGGUCUCUUCUUCGAAGCGGUCCCACAGUGAAGGACCUGGAUACUGCAGAGGAGGGAGACGAGCCUGCACACUUAAAAGCAUCGGUUGUUAAAGGGAUAUUCCAGUGUAAAUUUAGGUUAUGGGCAAACGCACCAUCACACCGAAUUAGAUACCCCCUUGAUAGAUGAAUGUUGCCGACUGCUUACUUCUCUAGCUAUACCAGUGGAUCUCAAGUCCAGUCCUCGAGGCCCACUGUCCUGCAUGUUUUGGAUGUUUCCCUGCUCCAACACACCUGAUUCAAAUGAUCAGCUCGUUAUCAAGCUCUGUAAUGGCUUAAUAACGAGCUGAUCAUUUGAAUCAGGUGUGUUGGAGCAGGGAAACAUCCAAAACAUGCAGGACAGUGGGCCUCGAGGACUGGACUUGAGAACCACUGAGUUAUACCAACUUUAGUAACAACCUCACAAUAGCUAUACACAGCAGUCUAUGUUUCCAUGCGCAAACCUCAACCAUAAAAGCCACUCUAUAGCCACAAAUAAUGCUCAGAACAGCACCUAACUUCAUCAACAGUAUAUAUAGGGUCCCAGCCAUAGUACUAGCCAUCAAACAUCUUUUAGCUUUGCCUGGUUUCUUUAGCAAAGAGACCAAACACAACUCACCCACUCUCCUUCAGCAGACACUUGUUUGUGGAGGAGCCCUGACAAGUUCAUCACAGAGUGCAGUGGAUCAUUUCCAUGAAGUAAUAAUCAUUAUAAUAACCAUUUUGCACUGCAAACGCGGUAGUUCCUCUGGCUCACCCUGUCGGUCUGAUUGAAUUUCUAUUAAGUAAUAAUCAUAAAUGUUCUUCCUUGCGUGGCGAAACUCCACUGCACUCAGUAAUCGACUUGUCAGGGCUCCCCCACAAACAAGUGGCUGCUGGUGGAGAGUAGGUUAGUUGUGUUAAGGCAUUAUUUGUGGCUAUAGAGUGGUUUUUUGGUUAAGAUUUGUGCAAGGAGAUGUAGACUGCUGUGUAUUGCCAUCCUGCGGUCAUUACCAAAUUUGGUAUAGCUAGAGAAGCAAGCAGUCAGCAACAUUCAUCUCUCGAGGGGGUGUCUCAGUGUUAUGGUGUGUUUGACCAUAACCUAAAUUUAUGCCAGAAUAUCCCUUUAAUAGAUCAGCUUGUGCAUUUGAAGUUUAUCCACAUUUUUAAACAUGCAUACCUCUAAUAAAUCAGACCUACAGUGUACAGCCCAAAUAAGACAAUGCUGAUUCUUGCUCAAACAUGUUCAAACCCAGUCUUGUAUGUUUCUGUCUCCACUUCUUUGUGUGUUUUGUGUCACAGGUGUUUGAGUAAAGGGAUGAACGCCAUUGUAGAGAUCCAGACCCAGAGGCCUGUGUCGUUAGAACUGUACAAGGACUAUAAGGAGUUAGGACGCUUCAUGCUGCGAUAUGUCGGCUCAACCAUUGCUGCAGGAGUUGUCACAGAGGUAAAGAGCCGUAAACCUCAAGACAAAGUCACAACGAUUAGAUUGAGUGUUGUAAAACUCUUACUAUUUUGUUCUUGGUAUGUACAGUAUUUUAGCUGUCAUUUAAAAAGAGAUUUUUAGACUGGUUGGUUUUGUGAAAUCUUUUGAAGACCUUAAACUGUGACCCUGCUUCGUCUGUUUUUCCCUCCAGAUCAAAGAAUGACGAGCCUCCUCGCGGACACAGAUCAAGUCACAUGUUGCUUUGCAGGCUGCAUGAAGCAAAAAACAAAGUGCAAUUCUUCCAGAGACUCAGAGCAUCACUUUCAUCCAUCCAUCUCAACCUGGCCUUGUAGCUGUUCCACCUGCCAGCUUUGACCAACACUAACUAUCCAGAUACCAACCACAUGGCAAGACUCUGAGCAGCCAGACAACCCUGCCUCACAUUUCCCACAACCAGACCAGUCAGCAAAACCUUCAUAAUCAAUAACAUUAAUCUGAGAGAUGAUGCUACCAUGCUGAGUUUCCACUGUGAUUAAUUUCAAUGUUUGCCCUUAAAGGAGAAUCUGUCUGACUGUAAAUUAUGAGAUAGUCCGGCCUCAGCUUCGGUGCGAGGGUGAUGUUUGCUCUGCUGCAAAGUCUAACAUUUUACAUCCCAAAUUUUCUACAUUAGAGAUCUCUUUAAAAAAGCUGCUCACCUGAAUGACUCAUUUUAAAAUUAGGAAAUGAAUGAGUGAAUGUCCUGUUGCGCCAUGCAGGAGUUGGUGUGAUUUUAACCACAAUAAUGUUUACAUCUCAAUUAACACAGCCAAGGAUAAGAGGUCCAGACUGAUGGAGUUUUUGAACAAAAUAAGGGAAAGUAGUAUUCAGCUCUGUCAGGGUGAAGAGAGACAGACUUCUAAUUUAUGUGACAAAAAAAAAAGAUACUGAAAUGAAAGUGUCUGUACGGGGCCAUGAGGCUUUUCAAAAUGCUUUUGGGUGUUUUUGCAUCUAUCAGAGACUAAAGGGGCUGUUUCUGUUUCUCCAUGUAUUCAAUCAGACGUGUAAACGGGAGGGAACAUGAUGCUCAAUGAACAAUAUCUGACGUGUCCUUUUGAGUUUUUAUUCUUAGAAAUUUGAAGUACAUGAUUCAAGAUUAUGCUCAUCCCAAACUAUUUCGAUAAGCUCAAAAUGAGUUUGAAUAACUCAAGUGGAACAAAAAAAAAACCCUUUUCUGAUUCCAGCUUCUUGAAAAAUAACAAUUUUUGACUUUUUUUAACUCCAGUAUUGCAGUUAGAAUGAAAGCCAGUCUUUUACUUGUAGAAAUGAUCUACGUCCUAUUUUGUCAUUUUGUAAUCCUUUUUUUCUGUUAAGAAUCAGCAGAUUAAUCAAAAGUGAAAGGGAGCUGCAGUUCUCAGUGUAAGUGUCCCUCCCUCUGCUCAUUUGGUCAAUAGACAUGGGCUGAGGUGGAAAGUACCUCAAAACACUCACCUCACUAAUUCUGUGGCUCUGCACUUGUAGAAUAAACUGCAUAUGCAAAAAAAGAGGUCACAGUACGUUGUAAAAAUGCAUAUGGGACAGUAAAAGAUCGCAAAAGUUCAAGAUAAUGACAAAAAGUUCAGCUGUAAUAAUCUCACACAAAUGUCUGUUAUGACAGAUAUUUACAUCAGUUGAUUGAUAACUUUUUCCAUGGAAGGGUCUUUAUCUUCAGUUCCUAUACAUAUUCGCCGGAACAGGAAAAAGCUAUAAAAAUAGGGGUCAAACUGUGAUACUGUGAUAUUUACAAGCACUGUUCUGUCCUCUUUAGACCUGCUAGAGGUUGUUCUAAAAAUCUCUGAUAUGGACUGCACAGAUGUUUUUCAUUUAACUCUGUAUGGCUCACAUGGACAGCUGCCUUAAUGUGUCUUGCGAUGCUAUAUUGUCUGUGGCAACCAAAACAUAUGUGAAGGGGUUUAAAAGAUAUAUGAUUCAUAGUAACAUCUUAAAGGGAUAUUCCAGCGUAAAAUUAAGUUAGGGUCAAACACACUGUUACACAAUGUUAGACACCCCCUUAAGAGAUGAAUUUUUCCGAUUGCUUGCUUCUCCAACUUUAGAAAUGACCACAUGAUAGCAAUACACAGUGGUCUAUGGAUCCACAUGCAAACCUCAACUAAAAAGCUACUCUAUAGCCACAAAUAAUGCUCAGAACAGCACCUAACUUCAUCAACAUCAACAUCUUAGCUUUGCCUGAUUUCUUUGGCAAAGAGACUAAAUACAACUCACCCACUCCCCUCCAGCAGCUGCUUGUUUGUAGAGAGAGCUUGGACGAGUUGAUCAGCGAGUGCAGCUGGGUUACGAAGCUCAAGGAAGAACAUUUAUGAUUAUUUCUUCAUGGAAAUACAAUCAGACUGAGAUGCUUUUGCAGAAGAACUACCACGUCUGCAGUGCAAAAUGAUUAGUAUGAUGAAUAUUCAAGGAAAUGAUGAAGUAGUGAUCUCAGUGUUAUGGUGUGUUUGACCCUAACUUAAUUUUACGCCGGAAAAUCCCUUUAAUGAAAUAAAGGGAUCAAGUUGUCACAAAAUGAUAAAAUACAAACUGGAUGUAAGGGAGAGGAAGACUUCACAUGAAUGUCUGAUGUCCAUGGCAGUAGUAUCCUUCGCUGCCCCUGAGUGGCAGUGUUCAGUAACAGGAAACUGCACACAUGAAGUCAUGGUGGUCCAAAUAGGAGCCUAAGACAGACAAAUCAGUAAGUGUAGUUUCUCUACAUGGCGUGUUUAGAGGCAGUGUUUUCAAAGAGUUAACCAUCAGAGGUUGCUUUUCUCAAAGAAAACUUAAGUUGAAUAAAGAAGCAUCUCCAGUUUGAGGACAAAA